CAUUUCUGGUAAAUCCGAUUCUGAGAAACCCUAAUUUGAUCUCCAGAUCGCUAACAACGAUGGAGGAAGACAAGCAAAUGCACGAGGAGAAAUCAUCCCCGGUUAAGGGAGAAGAGCCUGAGAUUGAGAAAUUGACAGUGGCAGAUGCCGAUGCGCCACCGAAGAGUACCGGUGGUUGGGGUUGGGGUUUCUCUGGCUUCUCUGUACUUUCCGAUCUUCAAAAAGCUGCGGAAGAGAUUUCUCGUAAUGCUGCAGCGGUGGCGGAGAAAGCGGCGAAAAGUAUUGCAGAUAUGGGAGAAGUGGAUGAAGACUCUGAAUCUUCUGCUAAGGAAGAAGAGAAAACUGAAGAAGCUGAUACAGAGCAGGAUAGUGAUGAUGAGAAUGCAAAGUUAAAGAAGUCAGCUCUUGCGAGAUUGGAGGGGGCAAGUGAAGAGUCGCUUCUUAGCCAGGGUUUGAAGGUUUUCGAUGAUUCAGUUGAGAGUUUCACUUCUGGAGCUUGGCAGGCAUUUGGAAAUGCGUUAAAAGGGGGCACAAGUUUGGUGCAAAAGCUUGAAAACAGUGUCCAGCAAGGUUCUUCGCCUAGGGAAGCUGGAUCUGGUGCACCUUCCCUACUGGAGACUGGAAAAGCAUUAACUGCUAAAGGAAUGCAAGUACUUGAAUUUGUGGGCAAGGAAACCAUGGAUUUACUGAUUACAGAGACUGGUAUUGGAGCUGAGAAGGAUAGGGUAGACUUUAAGGAUCAAGUACUUGAGGAAGUUACAUUCGAUCGAUGUUUUUACAUUUAUGGUGGUCCUGAGCAGCUUGAGGAAUUGGAAGCAUUGGCAAGCCACUAUACUCUGUUGUUCAACAGGAGAAAGGGGAAAUUGUCACCAGAUCAAAAAUCGUUGUAUGACGGGAAGCUCAAACAAAUCCAGCAACUGUUUAGCUUCGCUGAUGAAAUGAGUGGAAGUAAAGCAGAGUCUGACAAAGGGAAGAAAAUUGAUAUCAAAACUGAAGGCAAUGAUGAUGACAUGAAGAAUCUGCAUAACUCGAGUGUCAGCAAAGCUGCUGAUAUGGCUGCUGGGUUCACAAAUGCUUUAGCGGGACUAAACGUAAACGAUAUGAUCCAGCGGACCGGUGGCAGGCUUGAAUCUCUUCACUCAGAAGGAGUUCAUAGACUUUCAGAGAUGUGCUGUUUUGCAGUCACUCAUCUGCUUAUUCUCGGUAAGUCCAUGAUAUCUCAUGCCAACAAAGUUCAGGAUGAAGACACCGAGGCAUUGAAAAUCGAGUGGCCAGAGGAUCCUACUGAGAAAGCUAAGCUGAUUAAAGGCAAGGCAGAAUCGAUGGCUGGAUAUGUUGAAGCAGUUUCCAACAGUUUUAUAACAGGUAUAUCAGAUGUAUCUGAUACAUACUCAGCAGCGAUUAAAGGAGUUGCUGCUGCUGAUUCCAAAGAUGAUCUUCUGAAAACAUCAACCAUGCAGGAAAAAGCAAGCACCUUCAACGAUAGUCUUCGCUCUGACCAAACCACAGCUAUCACAAAGAUCCAGGAAGGGCUUCAGUACCUGUCCUACGUCGUGAUAUCUACCUCAAUGCCCUCUGCCUGAUAUAAUAAGAGCCAGAUUGGUCUACUUUGUGGUUUACAUGACUCGGAUUUGAUUUAGUUUUCUUUGUAGUUGUAGAUAUAUCUCUUUCGCUAGAUGCUCUUAUGGUAAGUCUUUCCCACUUGUGCUCUGCUUCUCUGUUGUCUGGAUCUUGAAAGUUUUAUUAAAUCUAGAAACCAAAGAUUGAAAGCAGGGAAGAGAUUAGUAAUGUUAUCGAACUUUUGUUAGAAAUAUAUUGUUUUUACUUGG